AUGGGGACGGCGCCUAACUCGCUCGGCUCUCUGUGUUUGCAGGACGAGGCUGGCCUCGAGUUGCACCAGUUCUGGCCGCUGGUGGAGAUCAAGUGCGCGGUGGACCUCAAGUUCUUCCUGUGCUCGCUGUACGCGCCCAUCUGCAUCCCGGACUACCCGCAGCCGCUGCCCGCGUGCCGCUGGGUGUGCGAGCGCGCCAAGGACGGCUGCCAGCCGCUCAUGCAGCAGUACGGCUUCCAGUGGCCCAAGCGCAUGAACUGCGACAAGCUGCCCGUGUACGGCGACCCCGACAACCUGUGCAUGCAGCCGGACAACCAGCCCGGCCCGGAGAUGGGCGACAUGCCUGGGCACGGCCGCGGGCCCGGGGCUGGGGGCAGGCACCCCGGCCCCACCAAGAGGCCGCCCUCGGGGGGCAGCCUGUUCCCGACGGCGUCGCCCAAGUGCAAGCCGGGCAAGAACGGCAAGGGUUGCGAUCGCGGCGGUGCGAGCCACGGACCCCCAGGACGGGAGUGCGCCUGCAGGUGUCGACACCCGCUGGUGCAGCUGGAGCGCAACUCGUCUUGGUACAACCGCAACAUCAGCGUGGCCGGCGUGGAGAACUGCGCGUUCCCGUGCCGUAGUGUCUUUUUCUCCCAGGAGGAGAAGGACUUCGCCGAGGUGUGGAUCUCGCUGUGGUCUGGUCUGUGCGCACUGUCCACCUUUAUGACCAUCACGACGUUUCUCAUCGACCGACAACGCUUCAAAUACCCUGAGAGACCCAUUGUCUUCUUGUCUGGCUGCUACCUUAUGGUGAGCGUGGGCUUCCUGAUCCGCGUGGGUCUUGGCCACGACGAGGUGGCUUGCGAGGGCGGCAUGAUCCGCUUCAGCGCGCACGCUCACGGGCCGCACAACCAGGGCCAGGGCCCCGUGGCGUGCACCAUCGUCUUCCUGCUCGUCUACUACUUCGGCAUGGCGUCCUCCGUCUGGUGGGUGGUGCUGACGCUGACCUGGUUCCUGGCCGCGGGUCUCAAGUGGGGCAACGAGGCCAUCGCCGGCUACUCGCAGUACUUCCACCUGGCGGCCUGGCUGGUGCCGACGGUCCAGACGGUGGCUGUGCUCGUGAUGGCCGCGGUGGACGGGGACCCCGUCGCCGGCAUCUGCUACGUGGGCAACCAGAACGCCGACAACCUGCGCGUGUUCGUGCUGGCACCCCUGCUGCUGUACCUGGUGCUGGGACUGUCCUUCUUGAUCGGCGGCUUCGUGUCACUCUUCCGCAUCAGGAGCGUCAUCAAGCAGCAGGGCGGCAUGGGCGGCCGCAGCAAGGCCUACAAGCUGGAGAAGCUCAUGAUCCGCAUCGGCAUCUUCAGCGUGCUGUACGCCGUGCCCGCCACCAUCGUCAUCGGCUGCCACCUCUACGAGAGCUCGCUCUUCACGGACUGGAUGACGCCGCUGGCGUGCCAGUGCGGUGCGACGCCCGCGACGCCUCAGCGCCCCCUGUACUCGGUGCUCAUGCUCAAGUACUUCAUGGCGCUGGCGGUGGGCAUCACGUCGGGCGUCUGGAUCUGGUCCGGCAAGACUCUCGACUCGUGGCGCCGCCUGUGGGCGCGGCUGUGCGGGCGCCGGCCGCUGGGCGGGCCCGGGGGCGCGGGCUGCGGGGGCAGCGUGCUGAUCGCCAAGCCCCGCCACCCGCACUCGCACCCCCGCCUGCUGCCCAUGCCGCUGCCGCCGCACUCCACGGGCGUGGGGUCCUCGCUGCUGAGCGCGCCCAGCCUGCACGUCAACCCCCACGGCAGCCACGGCGUGGGUCUCGGCCACGACCCCGGUCACGGCGCGCCCAACGUGCAGAGCUCGCUGGAAAAUAUCCAGUUAGCGAUUUCUGAGGCGUUCGCGCCCCGUGAGGCGUUGGGCGUUCACGUGAGGCGUGAAGCGUUUGUCACCACAACAAUUUGAAUCUGAGAGUUUAGCGUUUAUGCCUUUAUCUCCUACUUCGCGAGGUUUUCGAUUCAAAUUUUUGUGGUGACAAUACUUGACCACCAUUACUCUUUCUAUAAUUUGAGCCAGUACUCUGAAAAGCGUUAAGCGCUCUUUAACUAUGUCACAUUCCGAAGUACUGGCUCAAAUUAUAGAAAGAGUAAUGGUGGUCGAGUAUUGUCACCACAAAAAUUUGAAUCGAAAACCUCGCGAAGUAGGAGAUAAAUGCAUAAACGCUAAACGCCUCACCUGAAUGCCCAACGCCUCACGCAGCGCGAACGCCUCAAAAAUCGCUAACUCGCUAACUGGAUAUCUUCCAGGGCCACCUCCACCUCCGGGGACCUCUCAUACGGGCCCAUCUAAGCGCAGCGCGGCCCAAUGCAGUGCAGGUGCAGAGUGACGAUCCAAGUGUAAACGUGACGCAGAGGGUGAACAGUGCGGGGAACUGAAGAGGAACCGUUGAGAAAUUGUGACAUGACAGGGACUUCUGGCGGUGUUGCGCCUCCCCAUGUACCAAUUUUCGGUAUCUGUGGAAGAUCGAAUGAUCAACAGUCUCCGUCCAGAGCCCAGUGCGAAAAAAUAAUUAAUUCGACAUCGAAACGACGUCGAAACGAUGUCGAAAUGGUUGAAUCGACGUCGAAACGACGUAGUUUCGCUAUGAAUUUCGCACUGGGAGUGCUCGUCUAACUUAUUUGAGAACUUCAGUUCCUCUCACUGUCUCCGAGAGUCAACCUUGAAUUCGUAUGUGUGUUGUUUGUGUGAAUGCGUGUGUGCCUUUGAGUGUUGUGAAAUGGAAAAGUCUUUUUACAGCAGUCAUGGAACAAGAAGCCAUUGUCCGUUUUACUGCCAAAGCAUAUGCAGUGACUGUGUUUCAGAUUUGCCAUCCUAUUCUAGGUAAACAUUUUUUCCAAACAUGGAGCUCCCUUCAUUAUAAUGUAUUAUUAUUUUUCAAACGUCAUGAAAUGGCAUAGACUGUGCUAAACAACGUACUGAUUAAAGUUUAGCCUUAAUCAUAUAGUCAUCCACUGUUUGUGUGUGAUGACUUGAUCUUCAAUAUGUACAAAUGCAUUUUCAUAAAAUUGUUUUAGUUUGUAGUUUUACUAACUCUUGCAUAUUGUCUAGAAAUGAGAUCAUGCCAACACUAUCCUGAAGAACAGGCAAAUUUUGUGUAAAGAACCGUUGAUUUUCCUCUUUAGUCCUUUUGUUUUUGUUUCAAUGAGUGUAUUUUGUACGUUUAAAGAAAAAUCUAUGUUGCAAGAA